GUGAAGAGAAAGAGCUGGUUGCUACUGAUUUUUCUUGGAUUUGUUUUUCUGCUCUGAGGUGGCUGAUCCUUGCCAAGUUUUUUGCACUUUGAGAAAGGGGCAUUUAAAAUGCGUGAAUGUAUCUCCAUCCAUGUUGGCCAGGCUGGUGUCCAGAUGGGCAAUGCCUGCUGGGAGCUGUACUGUUUGGAGCAUGGGAUCCAGCCUGAUGGUCACCGACCUGAUAUGAAAAAUGCAAAUGAGGCUGAUGACUCCUUUGACACCUUCUUCUGCGAGACUGGAACCGGGAAACAUGUGCCCAGAGCAAUCUUUGUGGACUUGGAGCCAACUGUGAUCGAUGAAAUUCGUACUGGUACUUAUCGUCAGCUGUUCCACCCUGAGCAGCUCAUCACUGGGAAUGAAGAUGCUGCCAAUAACUAUGCCCGUGGGCACUACACAAUUGGCAAGGAGCUGAUUGACUCUGUCUUGGACCGAAUUUGCAAGUUGGCUGACCAAUGCACCGGUCUUCAAGGUUUCCUGGUCUUCCAUAGUUUUGGUGGAGGCACAGGCUCAGGAUUCACCUCACUGCUGAUGGAACGUCUCUCAGUUGACUAUGGCAAGAAGUCCAAGCUGGAGUUUUCCAUCUACCCAGCUCCCAGGAUCUCCACAGCUGUGGUGGAACCUUACAACUCCAUCCUGACCACUCACACCACACUGGAACACACUGAUUGUUCCUUCAUGGUGGACAAUGAAGCCAUCUAUGACAUCUGCCACAAAAACCUGGAUGUUGAACAUCCAGGUUACAUCAACCUGAACCGUCUGAUCGGGCAAAUUGUGUCAUCAAUCACAGCUUCUCUCCGCUUUGAUGGAGCCCUAAAUGUUGACUUGGCAGAAUUCCAAACUAACUUGGUGCCUUAUCCACGUAUCCAUUUCCCUCUGGUGACAUAUGCCCCAGUCAUCUCAGCUGAGAAAGCUUACCAUGAGCAGCUGUCUGUGGCUGAGAUCACCAAUGCCUGCUUUGAACCAGGCAACCAGAUGGUCAAGUGUGACCCACGCCAUGGCAAGUACAUGGCUUGUUGCCUGCUCUACCGUGGUGAUGUGGUGCCAAAAGAUGUCAAUGCUGCCAUUGCCACCAUUAAGGCCAGGCGUUCCAUCCAGUUUGUGGACUGGUGCCCAACUGGUUUCAAAGUUGGCAUCAACUACCAGCCCCCUACAGUGGUGCCUGGUGGGGACCUGGCCAAGGUGCAGCGAGCUGUGUGUAUGCUAAGCAACACCACAGCCAUUGCUGAAGCCUGGGCUCGUCUUGACCACAAGUUUGAUCUGAUGUACGCCAAGCGUGCCUUUGUGCAUUGGUACGUGGGUGAGGGGAUGGAGGAAGGGGAAUUCUCGGAGGCUCGUGAAGACAUGGCUGCCUUGGAGAAAGAUUAUGAAGAGGUUGGUGCUGACAGUAUAGCUGAUGAGGAAGAGGAGGAGGAGGAAUUUUGAAUUCUAUUAAUCUGAUCUUUGUUCUACCUAUCUUUGCCAUUUAAUAAUAAAUUAUUUUGACUGCCA